CACCAUCAUAUCAUAGUUGAACUUCAGCGCAAACGAAAGAUAUAGAAAAAAUGCAAGCUUCGAAGAUCUUGAGAAGGUCGCUCGCCCAUUACAGCUUCAAGAAGCAGCGGCUUUUUGAGCCAUUUCCAGUCACCGGCCUGAUCUCUACUCCUCAAUCUGAUCCCCAAACAUGCCGUUACCAAACUCAUCGGACUCUCAUCUUGGACCGCUCACCGUCUCAACUCGUCCAGCUUAACAGGCUUUCCGAUUCUGAUUCUGGAAUCGUUGAGCUGACUUUGAACAGACCUGAGAGGAGAAAUGCCAUUGGGAGGGAUUUUCUGAGAGGUUUUAUAGAGUCUCUUGAAGCUGUCAGUAAGGAUUCCUCUGCUAAUGUGGUUUUGAUUCGUAGUUUGGUUCCGAAGGUGUUUUGUGCUGGUGCUGAUUUGAAGGAACGCCGGGAGCAGACUCCAGCCGAGAAUGAGUCUUUUGUCAACUCACUUCGUGCCUCUUUCACAUUUUUGGAGAAACUUUGUAUUCCUAGCAUUGCUGUUGUUGAAGGAGCUGCAUUGGGUGGUGGACUUGAAAUGGCUCUAGCAUGUGAUCUUCGGAUAUGUGGAGAAGAUGCAGUAUUAGGCUUGCCAGAAACCGGACUUGCUAUAAUUCCAGGAGCAGGGGCAACACAAAGACUUCCAAGAUUGAUUGGUAAAGCACAAGCUAAGGAAAUUAUACUUACUGGCAAGAGAAUUACUGGCACGACUGCAAUGUCUAUUGGUCUUGUUAAUUACUGCCUUCCUUCUGGUGAAGUUCAUAAGAAAGCACUUGAAAUUGCUCGGGAAAUAAAUGAGAAGGGCCCGCUGGCUAUAAGAAUGGCAAAAAAGGCCAUUGAUGAGGGACUAGAGGUAAAUAUGUCCUCAAGUGAGACAAUAGUAAAAGACUGCUAUGCGCAGCUCUUGUACACAAAAGAUCGCUUGGAAGGCCUGGCUGCAUUUGCGGAGAAGCGAAAACCCAAGUAUAAAGGAGAAUAAAGGUAAUCAGAACUCCAGUGAGAAUCGAGAAAGAUGGUUUCUGUAUGGCUAUUUUAUUGAAUAAGGCUUAAAAACUGUAUCAUGAACCUCUUCCCAUAAAGAAUUUUGUUACUGUCGAAAAGUUCAAAAGAGGGCAUCUUGUUUUGCUAUGUUUGUGUUAAUCUUUGUUUUUCUUUUCUGAUAAAUUAAUGUUAGAAAUAAAAGGGAACAAAGUUUCACUA